GUCCCGCUUCUCGCUUUGUUCUGGGCCUGGUCCUCGGCAUCUUUCCCCAGAUCCACCCCACUGGGCCUCGGCGCCUUGCCUGAAAUAGCUUAGGCGCACAGGUCACAGGCGAACCUCGGUCCAGCAGGGGGCGCAUGGCAACGCUACUCCGCCCCUUCUUCCCCAGAAACCAUGCUUCCUUUGAUGCCGCCAGAACCCUUUAAACCAGAUCCCUUCUCCCCUCCCGAAAACCUUCCGUUCCUCUUCCUCCGUUCGUCCACAAAACCCUGAGUCUAUACCCAGAUUUCCCGUACCGCUUCGCCAUAUCAAUAUACCCAAACCUCCAAGCGUCAGCCCAUACAGUAAAUCAGGCACAAUGGCAUCUCCUCAGCAGAUUCGCACUCCCAUCACCGAUCUUUUCAAGAUCAAGCACCCGAUUCUCCUUGCCGGCAUGAACGUCGCCGCCGGUCCCAGGCUGGCCGCUGCCGUCACCAACGCCGGCGGUCUUGGUGUCAUUGGUGGUGUCGGCUACACGCCGGACAUGCUGAGGGAGCAGAUUGCCGAGCUCAAGGAGUACCUCGACGACAAGAACGCCCCCUUCGGUGUCGAUCUGCUCCUCCCUCAAGUCGGCGGCAGCGCCCGCAAGACCAACUACGAUUACACCAAGGGCAAGCUCAACGAGCUCGUUGACAUUAUUAUUGAGUCUGGCGCCAAGCUGUUCGUUUCCGCCGUCGGUGUCCCCCCCAAGCAGGUUGUCGACAAGCUGCACUCUGCCGGCAUCGUCUACAUGAACAUGAUUGGUCACCCCAAGCAUGUCCAGAAGUGCCUCGAUCUCGGCGUUGACAUCAUUUGCGCUCAGGGUGGUGAGGGUGGUGGUCACACUGGUGACGUUCCCACCACUGUUCUCAUCCCCGCUGUUGUCGACCUUUGCAAGAACCACCGCAGCCCUCUCCUCAAUGGCCCUGUUCAGGUUAUCGCCGCUGGUGGUAUUCACAACGGCCAGCUCCUGGCCGCCGCGCUGAUGAUGGGCGCCGGUGCUGUCUGGGUUGGUACCCGCUUCAUUCUCACUGACGAAGCCGGCGCCCCCGAGGCGCACAAGGAGGCCGUCCGCACCGCUGGCCACGACGACAACAUCAAGACUCUUAUCUUCACCGGCCGUCCCCUGCGUGUCCGAAAGAACCCUUACAUUGAGAACUGGGAGAAUGAGCGCCAGCAGGAGAUCAAGGAGCUCACUGCCAAGGGUAUCAUCCCUUACGAGGCUGACCUCGAGAAGCUCAUGAACUCUGGUGACAGCGAGGGCGGCGGCAGCGACGUAGAUAACAACGCUUCCGAGGUUGACAUUGACGACGCGCUCGACCAGUUCCGCCCCUUCCUCAUGGGCAAGGCUGCCGCUGUCUGCAACGAGAAGAAGCCCGCGAAAGCCGUCGUCGACGAGUUUGUCAACGACGCCGUUGCAUGGCUGCAGAAGGGCAACAAGAUGAUUGCCAAGCUGUAAAUCGGUAAAAGCCUCAUGUUUCUAUUUAUGAGUCGGUCGCAUCUUGGGCGGCGUCAGGGCAUGUCCGGGUCUGGCGCCCACCGAGGGUCUGGAGUUAUGACGCUCAAGUUUUGUAUAUAUCAAUGACGAUCUAGGAUGGAUGACUGCUAGCAUAUCAUGAAUCAUUUACAUAUAUUUCUCCCCCCUUGCUUGUCAAUCAGACUCCCACAUCUGUGCUUCAAUCAAUUUUUUUUUAGACAUGAGCAAAUGCGGUCGGUCAGACGGCGAUGCUAACGGGUGCCUCGGUCCGUGGGUUGUUGUCAUCGCAGUCUUUUGCGCUCAAGUCUCUCGGGC